AUGAAGUCAAUGAAAGUCAAAUGUCGAGUUCACGAUGAAUGGCUGACAAGAAAAGAUAAACUCGGGUAUGUUAUUUCUUCUUGGGCAACAAAAAGAAAUGAGUCUAGUGUUUUCUGUGCCGUUUGUCUAUCAACAUUUUCCUGUGAAAUGAAAGGCUUUCAAGCAAUAACCCAACAUGUUUCUACUAAGUUUCAUCAAAAUAAUGCUGAGUGUAAGCUUGAUUCUACACAACUUCGGUUGAUUAGGACUCAUGACUCAGCGCCUGUUUCUUCAUAUUCAUAUACUGAACAGCCGAUUCAAAGUUCAUCGACGAGUGCUUUGCCGAUUUCUAGUAAUGUUGGUCUUCGAUGUAUUAAAGAUGAAGCAAUAAGGGCUGAGCUUUUAUGGACAAUGAAAUGUGUCUGGUCUAAUUAUUCUGCUUCAUCAUGUGACGGAAUUGUUAAUAUAUUUAAAGUGAUGUUUCCUAAAGGUAUUCCAGAUGAGUUUUCUCUUGGCAAAAGUAAAUUUGGGUAUUAUGUAACUGAAGCUCUAGGCCCAUACUUCAGAAAACAGUUGCUGGCAGAUGCAAGCAAUGCUUAUUAUUCGUUACAUUUCGAUGAGACAACCAACUCUGCUGAUUUUAAAGAGUUGCAGGUUUCUAUACAAUAUUGGUCAGAACAUGAAGAAAAAAUUGUAUUCAAACAUCUUGAAACUUUUUUUAUUGGGAAAGCUACAGGUGAUAUUUUAGCAGAUAACCUUUUAAACGCUUUGAAAAAUGCAGAUUUGCCCCUUACAAAAUUACUAAUGUUGGCAAGGGAUGGUCCUAAUGUCAACAAAAAAGUCCAGUCUAUAAUAAAUGAAGUUGUAAAAAAGAAACGAGGUACAUCUUUGCUUGAUAUUGGGUCAUGUAAUAUACACAUUGUACACAAUGCUUUCCGCAAGGGGUUAGAAACAUUUGGAGCUGAUGUUGGUGAUAUGGUAAUAACUGUGAAUGCAUUUUUUGAUGGAUGGCCAAGUCGUCAAGAAGCUUUCUUGGAUGCACAGAUAAAAGUCAACGUACCACAGCAUUGUUUUGUAAAACACAUUACUUCUAGAUGGCUUACCCUGUCUACUGCUGCAAAAAGACUUCAAGAGCAAUGGCCGGCAUUGGAGCAGUUUUUUCUUCGAGAUAUUCCUAAAAGUGCAACUCCGAACAUGAAAAAAAUUGUACAAACAGCCCAAUUCAAAAAUAUUUCAAAUUAUUUAAAAAACUCGUUUAUGAGAGCAGAAGUAGCAUUUGUUAUUGAAAGUGCAGCUAUUUUCGAACGUUUUUUACUCAUCUUCCAAAAAGAAGAACCUCUGAUUCAUAUUCUAUUUGAAGAAGUAAUGGAGUUAACAGCAACUGUGUUGGGAAGAUGUGCAAGCCUGAUGUACUGUUAG